AUGGUUUCUGUGGAACUAAAUGGAUGGGGUUUUGGCACUGGUCAUAGAAGGGGAGUACUCCCAGAGAUAAAUCAGAUAGGACGAGCACGAAAUAUCGAAGGAAAGGUGUCCAUAGCGCGGAGUCCCUGUAUUCCAGAGGAGGCUAAGCGUGCGUCCAAUGCUACCAAGAAUACCAGACCGACGAAGAAGGCAGAGAAACCGAGAUCUGAGCUCAAGAGAGAUUGGGAUGAUCAAGAUGUAAUAGGGAAAGGCCACCCAUGGCAGCAGUUUCACCGUGAUAUCAGUCAAGAUGCGCUGUACAGCGAGGACGCACCGUACAUGGAUGACCUCAUACGUGACCUGGCUACUGUUAAGAUUGUCAACGCGUCUCAGUUCAGAGGAGGGACGCAGCUCAAGCUCGACUUAAGACUUGCCGACGGUAACCGAGUCAUCGCCAAGCCUAUGAGAUUGUCAAGGGACCAUGUGUACAAGUACACUAGGGAGGAGCCUUUCUGGCUGGAACCUGAGAGACAUUAUGCAGAGAUUGCUGCCUUUCACCUUGAUAGACUCCUCGGAUUUAGGCGAGUACCUCCUUGCUCCGGUAGACGCGUCAACCUGAAGAAAGAAAUUCUUGGAAAGAGCGAAGACACAAAUCUACUCAGCACUGUCUUCAAAUCUGGUGGCAAUCUCUGUGUUAUCGGGAGUUGCAAACCCUGGUUCUGCAACCAGGACCAUCCAAGUUGCACCAAGGGGGAUCUGAUGGAGGUGGCCAUGUGCCAGUUCCUACCGACCUAUCAGGGCGGAAUCCCGGUGCGGGAGGUUGCAUAUCCCUGGAGCCAGGGGAUAAAAGAAUCCAAGGUGUGGAAAGGUAAAAACAUUUGCUUGGAUAUUUUGAAGGAUCCUGCCCGGCUGGAUGGCAGAUACUUACUAGACCUCAUAGAGCAGGGGAUAUUCGACUUCUUUCUUCGAAAUUACGACAGGCAUCAUUACUCCCAACUUCGCAAAUACCGGAAACUAGGCUGCGUACUACACGUUGAUAAUGGAAAGGGUUUUGGUAAUCCACUCGUAGAUGAUGACACAUUCCUGGCACCCGUCUACCAGUGCUGCAAGCUGAGGCGAUCCACAUACUUCCGUUUGAAAGAACUAGCCCGCCCCCAGUCGCGACUGAGCAACCGGCUAAAUGCUUCCAUGUCACAUGACCCAAUUGCACCUGUCAUCACUGAGGUCCACCUUCAGGCGAUGGACAGACGACUUGAAACCGUCCUGCGGACAAUAGACAAAUGUAUACGUAAUCACGGGGAGAGCAAUGUGCUUGUUGAACGACUGGAAUAACCUGAGACAUUAUGACGUCACGCUUUAUUUACAUUUGAGGGAACAUGUAGCUUUCAGCUCUCUCCCUACCUGGCUAGGUUUGAUAUAGUUGGAUAUGUUUUGUAUUAAAGGUGGGGCGCAUGCAAUGUAUUUUUUUAAUGCAAUCCUUGAAAAUGCACCUUUUUGUGCCAAUUAAACUUAUUUUCAAUUUUGGUUGUGCCUUUUUCAAGGGUAUCUUAGUGCCUUUUUGGUUUUUAUGCUAAUGCAAAUUUCCAUAUUCAUGAGCAAACGUGUGAUGUCCUUUUAGGCAAACCUCAAUGUUAAAGCUCAUUUCAGCACCAAAAGUUGCAAGAAAUUAGGAUAUUUUGCUGUUGUUCCUCCUUGUGUCGAUACAUGGCAGUAAGACAUUUUUUCUCACCAUGUUUUCUGUAUAUGAUGAUUCGGGCACAUUUAUCAGAGUCACUUGCCACAGUUUUAAGUCUCAACGGUAUCCUCGUUUCAAAUUUGUUCAUUACCAAUUCGUCGAUCGUACCACGAUCUGACCCAUCUCAGUUUUUGCCAUUUC